AUGGUGACCCCCUGCCCCACGAGUCUCGUGAGCCCCGCCGCCCGGGCUAGGAGGCGGGACGACCAGAACCUCCGCGCCCCGGUGAAGAAGAACAGGCGCCCACGUCUCCGGAGGAAGCAGCCGCUGCAGCCACUGAGCCCGUGCCCACUCCCCGGAGACUCCGGUGUUUGCGACGUGUUCGAGUCCCCCAGCUCCGGAUCUGAUGGUGCAGACAGUCCAGCAGCUUCCGCGGCGCUAGGCUGCAGCCCCCUACCUGCUCCUGCCCAGCAGUUGGAGCAGCUAGAUCUACAGACCUUCCGUGACUACGGUCAGAGCUGCUACGUCUUCCGCAAGGCGAGGGAGAGCCACUUCCACCCGCGGGAGUCGCUGGCGCGGCAGCCACAAGUAACGGCGGAAUCCCGCUGUAAGCUGCUUAGCUGGCUGAUCCCCGUGCAUCGCCAAUUCCGUCUCUCCUUCGAAUCGCUGUGCCUGGCGGUGAACACUCUGGACCGCUUUCUUACCACCACCCCUGUGGCUGCAGACUGCUUCCAGCUGCUGGGGGUCACGUCCCUGCUCAUCGCUUGCAAACAGGUGGAGGUGCACCCGCCACGCGUGAAGCAGCUCCUGGCCCUGUGCUGCGGUGCCUUCUCCCGGCAGCAACUCUGCAACCUCGAGUGCAUCGUGCUGCACAAACUGCACUUCAGCCUCGGCGCACCAACCAUAAGCUUCUUCUUGGAGCAUUUCACUCACGCCCGCGUGGAGGCUGGGCAGGCUGAAGUCUCCGAAGCCCUGGAGGCACAAGCCUUGGCCCGCGGCGUAGCGGAACUGAGCCUGGCCGACUAUGCCUUCACCAGCUAUACUCCCUCCCUGCUGGCCAUCUGUUGUCUGGCGCUGGCCGACCGUAUGCUCCAGCUCCCGCGCCCGGUGGACUUGCGCCUAGGCGGGCACCCUGAGGCCGCACUGCAGGACUGCCUGAGCAAGCUGCAGCUACUGGUGGCCAUAAACGAAACCUCCCUGACUCACAUGCUGCCCUUCCAGAUAUGCGAGAAGUGCAGCCUGUCCCCGAAAUUGAAAUGA